AAAGUAUUUUAAAUAUGUUUUGUGAUAACCCGCAAUGGAUCCCGUUAAAAGGACUGUGGGUGUCAAUACAAAGUGACGGCCAUAUUUGCCGGUGCCGCUGUAGUAAACAAAAAGUGAGAGACAGACGCUUCACUGAAUUUCGGGUCAUUUUUAUUUCUUUAAUUUACAAUGUCUUUGGGAAUGUCUCACAAACCCAAUGUCCAUCAUCAUAUACCGGGGACUUCUGGGACAUCUGUUGCAAACCUUACAUCUACUUCUGCAGCAAAUCUGGCCACAUUGCAGUCUUAUAGGCCUCUUCUGAGUGAUUAUGGUCCUCCUACUCUUGGAUUCCCACAGGGUACCACUGGUGGCCAAGUGCCUCAGAACAAAUAUGCAGAGUUGUUGGCCAUCAUUGAGGAGCUUGGUAAGGAGAUCAGGCCUACAUAUGCUGGGAGCAAAAGUGCAAUGGAAAGACUCAAAAGAGGUAUAAUCCAUGCCAGGGGCCUGGUGCGGGAAUGUUUGGCUGAGACAGAAAGGAAUGCCCGGUCUUAACCUAAACAAACUUGACUUCAGAAUCAGAAUCAGAAUCAGAAGACUUUUAUUGCCAUAGUCUGUGAACACAGUUCACAAACUAGGAACUUGAUACGGUGAAAAAGUGCAACAUAAACACACUGAAUAAAUACAAAUACAAAUAAGAGCAUGCACAAGUUAAAAAGAUAUGCUUAAAAAAUCAAAUGAAAUACUUAAAGGGAAAAAAUAUGUACAAUAGCAGCAUCAGAACAACAGUGCAAAGUGGCUUAUUAAAGUGACCGGUGUUAUAAAGUGUCCAGUUUAGUGCAGAUAUUAUAGAGUGUUCAUGAGACAAACAGCAGAGGGGAAGAAACUGUUCUUAUGGCGAGAGGUUCUGGUCCCAAUGGACCGUAGCCUCCUGCCAGAGGGAAGUGGCUCAAAUAGUCCAUGUCCAGGGUGAGAGGUGUCAGCUGCUAUACGGCCUGCUCGCCCCCGAGUCCUGGAGACGUACAGGUCCUGUAUAGAUGGAAGGCUGCAGCCAAUCACCUUCUCAGCAGAGCGCACAAUGCUUCAUCAUAUAAUUGCAUGACAUUUUCUAUGUGAAAAAGUGAAGGAAGAAGGAACCAGAAGAAUGAAAGCAACAGAUAAAAAAAAAAAACUCCUUAGAACAGUCCAUGCCCUAUAUUUUUUUCUGGGGUGUCAUUUAUGUUAUGUCGAAUUUCUGAUUGUGUGAUUCUUUUGUUUUGUUUUGGGUUUUUUGGGAGCCCUGGUUCCAACUUUUUGUACUUCAUUAAUGCAUGUAGUAGGCCUGUGGGGUACUGAUGCUGCAUGGUUGUAUUAGGGGUAGAUGGAAAUGAUCAUUUUAUAGUAUUGGAUCAUUUUUCAGGUCACAUGACUGAGUGUCAGAUGUGCCAAACAUUGUGAUUUAUUUUGAGGUAACGAUUUUGGUAAAAAAAAAAAUGAGAAAAAUGAAAAUGCUACUUGCAUCUUUGUAUGUAUUUAUUACUGGUGUGAUGAUUAAAUUGUAUUUUCAAUACAAUUGUCA